AUGGAGGGGCCGAGCGGGUCCAGCUUUGGGAUAGAUACGAUCCUAUCGGGCAGCAGCUCCGGUAGCCCCGGAGUCAUGAACGGAGACUUUCGUCCCCACGGCGACGGCCGGCAGGCGGAUUUUAGGAGCCAGGCCACGCCGUCGCCCUGCUCGGAGAUCGACACGGUGGGAACGGCGCCGUCGUCGCCCAUCUCGGUGAGCAUGGAGCACCCCGAGCCGCACCUAGGGGCGGCGGAGAGCCUCCCGCCGCCGCCGCACCACCUCCACCUCGGCCCGCACCCGCCGCCGCCGCCGAGUUUGCAGCCGUCACCCCCGCAGCCACCACCGCCCCAACUGGGCUCGGCCAGCUCCGGCCCCAGGACUUCCACCUCUUCUUUUUUAAUUAAGGACAUUUUGGGCGACAGUAAACCGCUGGCGGCGUGUGCACCUUACAGUACCAGCGUCUCUUCUCCCCAUCACACCCCUAAGCAGGAGGUCAGCGCGGCCCCGGAGACCUUCAGGCCCAAACUGGAGCAGGAGGACGGCAAAGCCAAGCUCGACAAGCGCGACGACACGCAGGGCGACAUCAAAUGCCACGGGACAAAGGAGGAGGGCGACCGGGAGAUCACCAGCAGCCGGGACAGCCCGCCGGUGCGGGCAAAGAAGCCGCGGAAGGCGCGGACCGCCUUUUCCGACCACCAGCUCAACCAGCUGGAGCGCAGCUUCGAAAGGCAGAAGUACCUGAGCGUGCAGGACCGCAUGGACCUGGCGGCCGCCCUCAACCUCACAGACACGCAGGUGAAAACCUGGUACCAGAACCGAAGGACGAAGUGGAAGCGACAGACGGCGGUGGGCCUGGAGCUGCUGGCUGAGGCCGGGAACUACUCGGCGCUGCAAAGGAUGUUCCCCUCGCCCUAUUUCUAUCACCCUAGCCUGCUGGGCAGCAUGGACAGCACGACGGCGGCAGCGGCGGCCGCGGCCAUGUACAGCAGCAUGUAUCGGACUCCCCCCGCGCCGCACCCUCAGCUGCAGCGGCCGCUGGUGCCGCGGGUGCUGAUCCACGGGCUAGGGCCCGGCGGGCAGCCGGCCCUCAAUCCCUUGGCCAACCCCAUGCCCGGCACCCCACAUCCCCGGUGA